GAUUUUCCUCUCAGCAGCUAGGGGUUCUAUCUUCCCCAUUCAUUUCACGUUCACCUUCCGAACCCCAGAGCUAGGGUUUUCUCAAGAGGAAGAGAACCAUGGAGGUUUCGUGUCCCCAACUCACACUCGCUACCGUCAGCGGCUCCAACCACAAGGACCGACCACCACGAGGGGUUGUCGACGGCGACGCCAGCAUCUUCGCCGGUAGAAGCACCACCGGUUGCGCCAGACCACCGUCUUGCCUCUUCUUCUUCGUGCGAAACCGGCCCCAAAUCCGAGAUCUCGCCGUUCUCGCCAUCGCCGGCGAAAUCCACGACCGUAAGCCGCGAGCCAAGGCCGCGCCGGUGACGCUGUCCGCUACCGAAGUUGUCGCCGGUCGUCGGGUCUUCUACGCCUCCUCUUUCCUUCACGUGCGAGCUCUUUCCUUCCUCCGUAGAGCAACGGCGACUCGCACAGGAACACCACCAGCGCCACGAAUCACAGCCAAAGUUGUCGCCGUUCAUCCAAUCACUACUUCUCGGGCCAUGAACAAAACCAACCACCGUUGUCCUCGCCGGGAUUCGCUUACACGUCAGCGUCGCCGGCACCACUCUCCUUCGAGAGUCUUUUUCCUCCGAUGCCAAGCAUUUCCAGCAACAUCAUCGCCGGUGUCAAGGACGUAUUGGCCAUGGGUAGCGAAGCCAGAGAUGGACGAGGCAAGUUGUUCUGGGGAACGGUCUUGAAUGGCACAGGAUUUUCGAUUUUGUCUGUGUUGGUUUGAUAUAGGUGAAAAAGGAUUUUGAGAUUGAAGGUAAUUGCGGCAGACAUGCGUAUGAUCUGUUAGGGGGGAAAACUAUUAUUUUUUUUUUUAUGUUCGUAUGAGAACUGAUAUGAAUGCCUCUGCUGCCUCUGUUUUCUCUUUAUUACAUUUUUAGAGCGUUUUCUGGAUGCAGGGAAAUAGAAUAUUGAAGUCCUGACGCUGGACUUUGGAUGUUGGGAGUGUAUGCCUAUCUCCUAUUGUUAGUUAAGUGAAAUUUAUAGGCAUUGAAANUGCAUUUUGGGUGCAGUUUUGAUUGACAGAGAAUAUCACGAAGCAAAUAAGCACAUUCAUGAGCAUAUAGAUGGGCAUGGUCAAAGAGCUUGGGUAUACGAAGACUUACCUCCGCGGCUUCCAAACUUUUCCUUUGGUUCUACUCUCUCUGACUCUCUUCGAUUGAACUUUUCUUAUGAUUAUCCAAUGGUCAUGCAGGCGUAAGAAGGUUGAAUGGGAGGUUCAAGGAUGGCAAGUAAAGUGAAGGCAAAUGGUUUAUGGAUGACCGUGAGGUUUUCUCUCGACUAUCGAACGGUGAUGAUCAGUGAUAGUGGUGGUUCCUCUCUGAUGGUGAGGUCGAUAGGGAAGUGUUUUAAUCUCAAUAAUUGUUGCCCGAGUGUUCUCUCUCUGUGCUCUUGUCGUUCUCCUUGUGAUGGUCGAGGUUCUCUCUCUGUUUUUUGGAUUGUGAGUAUUGUAUGAGAAUAACACUCUUGCUUUGAUGGAUCUGUGCUCUCUCCUCUCUGUUGUUAUCCUGUAUGAAAAAUGUUCCCCCCUUUGAAUGACUAUGAUCAAACCAUUUUGAAAACCACCAAGCUCCUUUUCUGCUGCACUGCUUCCUGGGAGCUCUGGCAUAUCCUCUGGCGUAGGAUUUUCUUGUUCAAAAUAUCAUUCCCCUUUGAUGUAUGUUUGUCUGUGCUUUGCGUUGUAGGAGAGUUGAAUGCGUUGUGUUGUAAGGAAGCUUAAUUCAUGUUUGCGCGACUAAGAAUGGAAAGAAAGCAACAGUCUGCCAUACCUUUUUU